CGACGCCAUGACCGGGAAGUUUUUGUUCAGUGCCGUGCUUUUUUGGCAUCUCGUGACAGUUGCGAAGGGCUGGUGGUGCCAAGCUUCACAUGGUAGUUGCACCGGGCAGCGCCACAAAUUCCAGAAGGAUGCGAGUCUUGAGUUUCAGUUUCCGUUUUCUCGCAAAGACUACGGGCUCCUUCGCUUUGCAGACUGGGACAGUGAUGGCGACAUGGAUAUCUUGGUGGCAGAAAAUGAAUCACUUUGGUUCUAUGAAAGGCUUCCGGGUUUGGGUGACUUCUUCGAGAAGCACGAGGUGAUACGGUUUUCCAGCUUUCGAAGCAGUUUUGAAGUUCCCUACUCACACUGGUUCGGUGAAAAGGGUUUUGAAGUUGCAGACUGGGAUGGUGAUGGAAACCCUGAUUUGUUGGUUUGCCAUCGCUCAUUCAAACUGACCUCUGUUCAAUUUCUGAACUAUCAGAUGGUUCUCGCUAGUAGUAUCAGCAUCGUGUCGGAAGCACCGAUGAUUUUGUUGACGAAUGAAACCACCGGUUGUCACAUGCAAGCUGUGGACUUUGAUGAAGAUGGCGACGUGGAUCUUGCCUUGAGUGAACCGUAUGCUUCUUCUGUUGGCUGGCCUACCCACCGGCUUCGCAAGUACUUUGAGCGAGUUUCAGAUGAAGUAUCUGCAUUGGAGGAACGGACUGGAGAGGACAAUCCUUUAGAAGCCUUCACAGACCCAGUGCAGCAGAUUGCGGACCUGGAUGGCGAUGGACGUUUGGAUGUCCUGGUUGCGGUCGAGCCCGGAGCUGCAAGAGUCACUCGAUGGCGUUACUUCCGGCGCACAGCGGCUGGUACCUUCGUUGAGCCGUUGGAGAAUCCUUUGGCAGCGAUGGUGUUUAGAAAUUAUUUCAUACCACAUUGGAUGCGGGCCUUGCACUUAUAUGUGGCAGACUGGAAUUCUGAUGGGGUUCCUGACGUUCUUUUCGUAGAUCAAAAUCCAAACACCGGAUUUCCCAGUUUUCUUCGCGAUUUCAAUCAUCAGCAUGUGGUGGACCGAGACCUGCAGCGCAAUUCUCAUUUUGACAUGUAUGAGAACAUCCGACUGCCGUACAGCGCCAGUUUCAUAGUGGAGGACUGGAACGAAGAUGGCUUCGAGGAUGUGCUGGUUUUCAGUUUCACUAAGUACGGCGGGAGCGAAUCCUUGACCUUCCGCCGUUAUGAAUUUCAGCCGCGGGGCAUGAAGGAAGUGGAUGUUUUUUCCAUCCCCUUCCAUCACUACCAUGCCGGGGACUCUCGAGGCCUUGAUAACUUUGCCUUGGUUGAUUGGGACAGCGAUGGGGCUUUGGACCUCCUCUUUGCUUCAGGAGCUGAUGGCAAAGUCCAUUUUUAUCGGAAUCUCAGUGAGGAACCUGCAGAACAUCCCUUCAAGAUGAUCCAGCUCAAAAAAGAUUCCCAGCAGGCUUGGAUACUGGCCCUGCCCAUGGUGGUGGAUUGGGACAAAGAUGGCGACCUCGACCUUUUUCUCGGUCCUUCAGAUGGAAGAUAUUUUGAGCAGUUGGCAGAUGGAAGUUUACGUGAAUGGCCUUUGGAGGAGAGCCCUUUGAUGAGUGCCAUGAAAUUGCUGCCGCCCGAUUCAUCUUACAGAAGACGGCGCGGUCCAAAGUGGCAAUUUGUGGAUUGCGAUGCAGACGGGGAUUUCGACCUAAUCCAGUCGCCUGGUAUUAAUAAUAUUGAUAACAAGGCUCCUGCUCAGGCUUGCGAGCAUGAUAAUGGCACGCAUGAACUCCGAUGUGACUCUGAUUUUCUUUGCUUGGGCACGAAUGUCAGCCGGUAUCCGGAAGCAGACUGGUCUUCGGUUUUUGAUGCAGACCCGGGAAGCUUCUUCUCUGUUUUGGAUGGUCAGCUGAAGCUUUUUGUGCUAAGAGACAGUAGGAUUGAGCUUUGGACUCCGGGCUUCUGCGUGCCAAGUGACCGUUGCAACAACAAAGGACAUUGUUUGCCAGGGGAAUCGCGCUGCAGAUGUAAUCUAGGCCAUGACAAGUCAGAUUGCUCGAGUUGCCACGUGCAAUUCUACAGCGUGCGGCGGGAGGAGCUGCAAGUACAAGACUGCAUGGCAUGUCCUGGUGAUGUUGCAGGGGGCAAGGUGUGCUACGGUCGUGGCACCUGCUUUGACGAUGCGAUGGCCAAACAUCUUCAACAGGACUCUACGGCUGCAUGGAUGGUGAUAGGCAACGGCUCAUGCAGCUGCAACGAAGCUUAUUUCUAUGGGACAGAUCAGGAUGGCCGAAGUACGUGUAUGGAUGGCCAUUGCCCAGCUGGCACAGAAGAGAUCGAUGGCAAUUCUGCAAUGCAUGCUUACGAGGCCAAAUUUCCACAGAAGGCAGUUCUGCUUGCAGUCCAUGUGAUGCAGGGCGUUUCGCCAAGGCUUGCCCUGCCGGAACAUUUGAAACCAACAGGCAAGUCUGCAGCCCAUGCCCACAAGGGCGGGUUGCAGGCAGCAGUGCGUGCCAAGCUUGCCCUGCCGGAACGUACGAAAUCAACAAGCAAGUUUGCAACCAGUGCCCCCAAGGCAAAGUUUCUGCAGUCCCAGGAACAUUUUCGGUUCGUGGCAGCACCGUAUGCCAGCGAUGCGCGGCAGGCACAUUUUCUGCUGCAAGAAGUAGCGAGUGUCGCAAUUGUCCUGCUGGAAAGUUUUCUCAGAGAGAAAGCAGGAACUGCUCAGAAUGCCUUACGGGAACGAUCUCCAAGGAUCCAGGUAGCAUUGCGUGCGAAGAAUGCCCAGCUGGAACGCAUGAAGUUCAAAAGCAAUUCUGCAACUGGUGCCAGGAGGGCACCAUAUCAGUUGCAGGAUUGUGACUUGGGCCACGUCUCCCUUCCCAACAGUGCCAAGUGCAGGAGUUGUAAUGACUUGCUCGUUCGAGCAGUUCCUGAUGCCACCGGACAAACCUGCGAAGUCAAAACCUUGGACAUCGUUUUUGGCUUAGUUUGCUGGAUGACUGCAGCUUGUUUUUCUUUUUUAUUUCUGACUGGCUUCUUUGGCCGUCUUCCAAUUUCCGAUGUCUCGUCACAGGGUGACAAGAUGGUGAUCACCACUUCCAUGGCGCAUUUGUUUCUGAAACGGGCAGAUCCAGUUGUGUCCUUCGCUGGCACCGGAGUCCCUGACUUGGAUUCGACAUCCACAUGGAAGGUGAGGGCAUUGAGCUCCUAUCAACUUACGCUCCAUGGGGAGGAGGCCUCCAUGCCUCUAGAGACAUCAACAGGACACAUGCGGCUGAAUUUUCCACGUCCAUUUCUUUCGAUGGGGAUCUGGCGUUGCCCGCUCCUCGUGUGGUGCUUGUUCUUUGUAGCAGCCACUGCAGGCGUGGCUAGCCAGCUCAUGCCGUCUCUGACAGUGCUGGAAUGCGGCUUUGGUUUGUGCACGGGUUUGCUGGCUUUCGCAUUGCGACGAAGGCAGGGUGAGAGGACUCCGCUGGCAAAAAGGCGACGCCAAUUUCUCAGAGAGUGGCCUUUGGCAGUGGCACGAUGUGACCGGGGCCCGGAUCGAUCAAUGACGGCAGGGCAACUUUCGGACUUUGUGCAGCUACUUGGUGAUUUUUUGGGGCUUGUUCUUGGCUUCAUUUGGUCCUGGCUUUUGUUUUGA